GGUGGUGAGUCAGGUAAGUAUCACUCAGGCAUCUACCAGGGACCCAGCAUUGCAGGGAAGCCCAUUUGGGGAACUGGUCAUGGAAAGGACAUGAGCAGCUCUGUGCUUCCUGGUUCUCCCCCAGCUUUGGGUCUAGAAGGCCGGAGGCCAGACAAUGACUAGCAUGUUCAGGGCCACGUCUUGGGCCUUUAAGGGUCUUCAAUGCUCCUCAGUCCUUCUCUCAGCAAGAAUGAGCAGCAAAACAGCAGAUAGAAGCUGUCCACUGGCUGGGAAAGUGGCUGUGGUCACUGGGUCCACAAACGGGAUUGGCUUUGCCAUCGCCCGGCGUCUGGCCCAGGACGGGGCCCACGUGGUGGUCAGCAGCCGGAAGCAGCAGAACGUGGACCAGGCACUGGCAGCGCUGCAGGGGGAGGGGCUGAGCGUGUCUGGCACCGUGUGCCACGUGGGGAAGGCUGAGGACCGAGACCGGCUGGUGGCCACGGCCCUGAGACAUUCUGGGAAUGUUGACUUCCUGGUGUGUGUGGCAGGAGUCAAUCCCUACGUGGGAAGUACCUUGGAGAGCAGUGAGGAGGUCUGGGACAAGAUCUUGAAUGUCAAUGUGAAGGCCCCAGCCCUGCUGCUGAGCCAGCUGCUGCCCCACAUGGAGAACAGGGGGGGAAGCUCUGUGGUUCUGGUCUCCUCAGUUUUGGCAUAUGUACCAGCAGCUAGGCUAGGGGCUUACAAUGUCAGUAAAGCAGCCAUUCUGGGACUCACCAAGACCCUGUCAUUGGAGCUGGCACCAAAGGAUAUCCGGGUGAACUGCCUAGUUCCAGGACUAAUUGACACAGCCUUCAGCAAAGUGCUGUUUGAGGAUCCAGACUUUUGGAACCAUAUGAAGGGACGCCAUGGAAUACAGAGAUUGGGUCAUCCUGAGGACUGUUCAGGGCUGGUGUCCUUCCUCUGCUCUCCAGAUGCCAGCUACAUCACCGGUGAGAGCAUUGUGGUGGCCGGCUUCUCACCCCACCUCUGA